AUGGAGAGCAGCGACCGGGACAUGUACCGCCAGUUUCAGGACUGGUGUCUCAGGACUUACGGGGACUCAGGAAAAACCAAGACGGUGACCCGUAAAAAAUACGACCGGAUCGUCCAGCUCCUGAACGGCUCCGAGUCGAGCUCCACGGAUAAUGCCAAAUUCAAAUUCUGGGUCAAAUCUAAAGGCUUCCAGCUCGGCAACUCGGACGAGGUCAGUGGUGGUGCUGGAGGAGGGAAGCAAGUGCUGUACGUGCCAGUCAAAACCACGGAUGGAGUAGGAGUAGAUGAGAAGCUGUCUCUACGGCGGGUGGCCGUCGUAGAAGAUUUCUUUGACAUUAUCUAUUCCAUGCAUGUUGAAACUGGGCCCAAUGGAGAACAAAUCAGAAAACAUGCUGGACAGAAGAGAACAUAUAAAGCAAUUUCAGAGACCUAUGCCUUCCUACCGAGAGAAGCGGUGACACGAUUUCUAAUGAGCUGCUCAGAGUGCCAGAAAAGAAUGCAUUUAAACCCAGAUGGAGCAGAUCAUAAAGAUAAUGGAAAACCUCCAACUUUGGUGACCAGUAUGAUUGAUUACAACAUGCCCAUUACUAUGGCUUAUAUGAAACACAUGAAGCUACAGCUACUAAACUCACAGCAAGAUGAGGAUGAAAGUUCUAUAGAAAGUGAUGAGUUUGAUAUGAGUGACUCAACUAGAAUGUCAGCUGUGAACUCUGACCUCAGCUCAAAUCUGGAGGAGAGAAUGCAAAGUCCUCAGAACCUCCAGGGCCAGCAGGAUGAUGAUUCAGCCGCAGAGAGUUUUAAUGGCAAUGAGACCGUGGGACACAGUUCCAAUGCUUCAGGGGGAACACACUGCAGGGAGAUGGCAGAAACCAACAGUAAUGGCAAAACAAAUCUGGAGCAGGAUGAGCAGCCUCUGAACCUGAGUGACAGUCCCCUCUCUGCUCAGCUGACUUCAGAAUACAGACUAGAUGAUCACAGCAGUAAUGGAAAGAACAAAUACAAGACUCUCCUAAUUUCUGAUCUCAAGAUGGAACGGGAGGCAAGAGAAAAUGGAAGCAAGUCCCCUGCACAUAGCUAUUCAAGCUAUGACUCUGGCAAGAAUGAGAGUGUAGGCAGAGGUGCUGAAGAUCUGUCUCUGAAUCGAGGAGAUGAGGAUGAGGAUGACCAUGACGAGCAAGAAGAUCCUGAGAAGGUUAAUGAAUCAGAUGGGGUAGAAGCUGAGCGACUGAAAGCUUUUAACAUGUUUGUCAGGCUGUUUGUAGAUGAAAACUUGGACCGAAUGGUCCCAAUCUCUAAGCAGCCCAAAGAAAAGAUCCAGGCUAUCAUUGACUCAUGCAGGCGACAAUUCCCUGAGUAUCAAGAGCGUGCCAGAAAACGCAUACGUACUUACCUCAAGUCCUGCAGGCGGAUGAAAAGAAGUGGUUUUGAGAUGUCACGACCUAUUCCCUCACACCUUACUUCAGCAGUUGCAGAGAGUAUCCUGGCUUCCGCCUGUGAGAGUGAAAGCAGAAAUGCUGCAAAAAGGAUGCGGUUGGAUAGACAGCAGGAUGAGGCUGCUCCAGCUGACAAGCAGUGCAAACAGGAGCCAGCCCAGGUCACUUACUCAACAUCAGCUGUUUCCAGCACGCAGGAGGUGUUGUACAUCAACGGCAAUGGGACCUACAGUUACCAUAGUUACAGAGGGCUGGGAGGUGGGCUGCUAAAUCUCAAUGAUGCUUCUAGCAGUGGUCCAACAGAUCUCAGUAUGAAGAGGCAGUUAGCAACCAGCUCUGGAUCCUCCAGUAGUUCCAGCUCCAGACCCCAGCUGAGUCCGACUGAAAUCAAUGCAGUGAGGCAGCUUGUGGCAGGGUACCGAGAAUCAGCCGCGUUUUUAUUGCGCUCUGCAGAUGAACUUGAAAACCUUAUUUUGCAGCAGAACUGA